ACUGGACCUGCCGAAUACGGAACGCGCCUGUCACGAGCCUGGCGCGAGUUCAUCAAUCCUGGCGGUGGCUGCAUCAAUCUACACGUCGACCUCGCCGGUCAUGCUGUGGCUCCUCCUUGCCUUGCCUAUCCCCGCGCUCGCUGGCAUUGAGAAGACCAGUGGUGUACCGCCGUCCCUCCUCUCGCGGUACCAAUCUCCUGGUUCGGACUCGGCUUCGUGGUCGUGUCUCAAUGGCUCGAAGUCUAUUCCUUGGUCUGCGGUGAAUGAUGACUACUGCGACUGUCCGGAUGGCAGCGACGAACCAGGAACUGGGGCGUGCCCUAAUAGCAUGUUCUACUGUAGAAACGAAGGCCAUAUCGGUUCAUUGAUACCCAGUACACGGGUCGGAGAUGGGCUGUGUGAGCCGGAAUGCUGUGAUGGCUCGGAUGAGCGAUCGGGGUUGUGCCCGAACAUCUGCAAGGAAGUGGGCGAAGCCUACCAGAAGCAGCAAGAGGCGGAAAGGAAAGUGCGGAGGACGGGAUCCAAAAUUCGCGCCAUGUACAUCGCGCAUGCGCGGAAGGAGAAGAACCGCUUGGAGGGCCAGAUCACCGUUGCCGAAGCGGAAAUUGCAGUGAGGGAGAAAGAAGUAGCUCGUCUGAAGGACAUUGCGGAUACAGCUGAGUCGCUCUCGGAGGCCGCUAUGGAACACAAGAAGGAGUCUCCUCUCUACAAAUCGCUCAUAGAACACUCGCUUGCCCUUCAGUCCCUCCAGCGUGAACACAAACAGCAUCUGGAGCGCGAGAAGGCACUCGGCGACAUUCUCGAUGCUCUCCGGCUUGGAUACAACCCGAACUACCAAGACAUGGCUGUUCUCGAGGCUGUCCGCGGUUGGGAAGCGCUUGCCGGCCUCCCCCACAUCAAUGAUGUCCGUAAGGAGGAAGGCUCGACCCAGAGUGAAGGUGCCGUUGCGCAGCAAGAGGAGGAGGAACUCGAGGAGGGGAUGUGGUCUACGGAACAGCUCGACAAGGAGCUUGACAAGCUGCUGGCGACGGACUACGACACGCUGCUCAUUGAACACGAUAAGCACAUCGGCGCGCCUGCGCAUGACUCCCUGUUGUUCAACCUGACUGCUUACAUGCCCGAUGCAUUCCUGCCUCAAUAUCUAGCAUUACGUGAUACUGUGGUGUCUUGGCUAGAGACGUUUGGCAUCGCGAAAGGUAUUGAUGGCGACGAAUCUUCAGAUACCUCAGCGGCACGGAAGGCGUACCAGGAUGCGGAGAACACCUUGAAGUCGGUGAAGAAGGAUCUCGACAAGGCUCAGAACGAGCUUGAGCGGCUCUUUGAUCCCGAGUGGUACGGUCCGGAAGGCGAGUGGAAGAAGCUCGAUGGCACGUGCCUAACGAAGGAUACUGGAGAGUACACAUACGAGGUCUGCCUCUUCGGCGAAGCUAAGCAAAAGCCGAACAAGGGUGGAUCAUUCCAGAGCCUUGGUAAAUUCACACACUGGAACAACGCUCCGGGUGUCGAACCAGGUUCGCCUGAGUACUACGGCAAGCAACACUACGAGCGGGGAUCCAAGUGUUGGAACGGACCGCAGCGCAGUGUCACGGUUUUGAUGAGUUGUGGGACUGAGAAUGCUCUUUUCACGGUCGCGGAGCCCGAGAAGUGUGAGUACCAGUUGACGAUGACGUCUCCUGCACUCUGCCUUCCUCUCAGCGAAAGCGAGGCGCUCCGAGAUGAGCUGUAGGCUUGUGUAGUUGAGGCAUGACGUGCUCAUAUAAUAGACCACUAUUGGACCAGAUCUACAGUAUUGUGUGAGAGGAAGCUACUAGCUGCAGGAAACAAUCUCAGAAAUACAUGCUACAGUGAUUAAA